GCACAAAGGUGUUUCUGUAAGCAGUUUGAGACAUGUAUAAAAGCUCUCUCCAGUCUGAGCUUCUUUAUCCACAUCUCCUGGCUUAAUCUCCUCGGUGAACACGCCUCACAUCACAAGAAGGAUGUCCUGCUACAGUGAGUCCUUCAGACCCUGCGGCGUGACCUGCCCUCAGCCAAUUGCCGAGAGCUACAACGAGCCGUGUGUGCAGCAGUGCCCUGACUCCAGAGCAGUCAUCUUCCCCCCACCAGCUGUGGUGACAAUCCCAGGCCCCAUACUCAGCAAUUUUCCUCAGGAGAGCGUUGUGGGCUCAUCAGGCCCAGCCUUGUUGGGGAGUUCCUUCAGUUCCCAAAGCUCUGGGGGCUACGGUGGCUCCUUGGGGUUAGGGGGCUAUGGUGGCUCCUUGGGUUUGGGAGGCUAUGGUGGCUCCUCAGGGUUAGGGGGCUACGGUAGCUCGUUGGGCUACGGGAGAUCAAGGAGUUAUGGGGGCCUCUUUGGUCUGGGUGGUUAUGGAGGAUCCCAAGGCUAUGGGAACUCCUUUGGUCUUGGGGGCUAUGGAGGCUAUGGGGGCUCCAUUGGGUACGGCCGUUGCCUGGGUUAUGGAGAUGACAUUGGCUACAGAGGAUCCUUGGGAUAUGGGAGCCAGUAUGGGUCCAGUAUCUCUGGCAACGGUGGGAGGUCCUACAGCUCUGGCUUCUCCUCCUAUGGCAAUGGGUAUUACUACCCUGGCUCCCAGAGGUGGCGCAGGUUCCGCCGUGGGAGCUGUGGCUCUUUCUGAAGUCGCCAAGGUUGGUGCCCAGAACCAGAAACAGCCCAGACAGCAGCACAAGGACAUCGAGCGAGAGCCAUGAGGAGCAUCCAUCAUCUACCCUGGCAUGGGGAGAAAAGGAGGCUGCGUGUGCCCAGCAGCCCACCACCCUGUGCCAUCGUGUGCCCUGGCUGCACGGCUGAAGCUCAGUAUCCCCUCAUUCCUCCAUCACCUCAGCUGUUCCCUGGUUCCUGAGCAGGGCACCGGUACCAGAGCAUGACAUCUGCUCGAUGCAUCUCCCCUUGCCUUGUCUUGAUCCUCUGUAGCUGGCUGUUGUGCUUCUCUUUCCCAUUAAAACCCUGUGGUGCUGCACAA